CUUUUUUGUUGUGUGAGGGUAAGCUUUUCCUACAAACAAAGACCAACACUCGUCAUGAAGCAUGCAACUCUUGCAAAUUUUAGUGCCAUCUUUGUAGGAUUGCGAUUGAAGUAGAGGUCGUGUGGCGUUUUCCUAGUUGUUUCCUGCAAUUGCUCUGAAAGCAAAAGUUGUGACUCAUUCUGGCCGAGGAGCGCGUGUUCGAGUUCGCUCAAAAAGGGAGGACAUCCACGCACCCCAACGCGCAUCCAGCUGCUGAUCCUCCGGUCUUGAAUAAAAUGACGGCCACUCCUAUUGGUAAAGCCGACUCGGCCUGCGGCGAGGUAUUUCUACGCGCGGCGGCACGCAGGGCUGAGCCACCAAAUAAUAAUGAAGGCGAGUCGAUGUCGAACUCGAAGUCAUGUCGUGCAGCAGGUUCUCCGCACGACAAAUCCACUUCUUGCACCGCUCCCGCUCAGGAUAACGACGCUGCAGGGAACAAGCAGCACCGGAGCCACGGCCCUGUAGAUGGCAUCGACCGCCCCAGCGAACUGAAAAUGAUCACCACGACGACGAUCUCCAGUGGUGAUCCCCACGACCCGCACCAAAAACUCUCGACGAACACACGACGCGAUCCAAUCCAACCGCUGUCUGUCGAGAAAGAGGAAGAGGAAAUCGAUGUCCCGACUACAACAACUUCCACCACAACGACCAAAAUCGUCGAGAAGGUCUUGCGCAUCAUCCCGUUGUUCGAAAACCGGAUUUACACGAUCCCCAAUUUCGUCUCUGACGAAGAAAUCGAGUACCUCCUCGCCCUCGCAGACGAAAUCGGUUGGACGCGGUCCUUCACCUCCAAGUCCACGCACUACGACGCGGAAUUUGACGCGGACGGCAACCGCCACAGCGAAAACAGGACCAGCAUGUCGUGCAGCUUGCCUAGAUGGUCACCCCCGAGAAGUACGAGUAGUACUACAACCAGUGCCUGUAGUGCCUCGUCCACCGCUGUAUUGCAAAAGUUGCUUCUUGACGACCCGGUCCGCACGGUGAUGCGGCGCGUGGCUGCGGUGUGCGGAACUAGCGUGAGGAAAGUGGAGGACCUGAAUAUGGUGAAAUACAAGGAGGGGGAGUUCUUCAAUGAGCACCACGACGGUGGGUUUCGGCCCAAAACGGUGUUUGUUUACCUCAACGACCUGGGGAGGACGAGAAAAGGUGAAGGCGAGUACACAGGAGAUGAAGUGACUCCACCAACUUCUUCGUCUGCGAGGAAUGCGAAGGCUUGCGAGGGCGGGGCACAAGAACGGGAUGGAGGACAAACAGAAGCAGAAGCUGCAGAAGAGAGCGAUCCUCCCGUUGUUCUAGCUGAUGAAGAUCUUCACCUCUCGUCGCUGGGCGAGGACAGUACUAUCAGAAGUAAAAAGACAGCAGAAGAACCGGAACAAGAUUAUGGCGGGCACACCAUUUUUCCAGAACUUGGCAUUCAUAUUGCGCCGAAGAAGGGAUGCGCUUUGCUGUGGAGCAAUGUGCUGGAAGCGGAUCCGGAAAAAGCGGAUUUGGCCAUGGUGCACGCUGGGGAGCCGGUACGGGGGAAGGGAGUCGUCAAGUACGGCAUCAACUGCUUUUUAAAUCGGGAAGACAUGGAAUGAGGGUAUGAUACCGUGCACCAGAUUUGCUGAUGUACGUGCGUUUCUACGACUCACGUGUUGAAGAAUUUUGCGGUCCCUACUGAAUUUUUGGCAAGAUGAAGUACUAGAAAGUGAAAGCUGCGACAUAAUUUUUGUGGUCUGUAGACGAUGUAGAAUCUAUCACGUUCUUGAGAUGACUGGCGAAAAAUAAAAAUCGCUUUUCUUUUUCGCUCGAGAUGAAGAUGAUCUUCCUUUGCAAAAAACAAAUCGCUGCGAGGCUUGGCUUUCGUGGAU